AUGACAUGGCAAGCGAAUCCCACCCUGCUCCAGCCUAGCUUCUGCUUGACGCUGCCAGAUGAUCCAAGCAGGACGGAAUCGCAGCUGUUUGCCGAAGUCUUCGGAAUGGUGCCCUGGCUUAAGUCCACCUGCUCAUUGCGUCUCUGGAAGAAAGGGUUCGGGUGGCAUCACUUUGAAUUUCGACGGCAACGUGUACCCCGGGGGGAAAGCAUCUUUGUGAAAAUGGUGCCUUUCUUCACCGUCUACGAAGUGGAAGAUGCGCUUAGGAGAAAGCUGAAGCUGCCUUACGAUGCAGACCUGGAGUACGCAGCAGUCAGCAGAUUGCUGGGUCAGGGCCCCUUCGUCGGUAUCUUCUACCUCGUCCCCGAAGGCGAGCGCCUCGACUUCCGAUCCACGCUGCCGCAGACAAUCUUCAAAACGUGGGAGGGCGGCUGGAAGGGGUUCAGCGAGGCACUGAAGCGGAUCGGGGGAGUGCCCAAGCGAAUCAAGUACCAGCUGUUCUAUCCCGACGGGGACGGGGAAGCUUUCAAGGAACUCACAAGCGGGUCGCGAGAGCAGCCAGAUGUCGUCUUCGUCAGGGCGACUCUGAGGGACGCAGGCUGUGGUAAGUUCCGAGCCUUCCUCAAUGUCAUUGGGCUGCGCGCCGCAAGCAUUCCCUGCGAGCAGCGGAAUCAGCAAUGA